AUGCAAAGUAAUCUAUCUAUCUAUCUAUCUAUCUAUCUAUCUAUCUAUCUAUCUAUCUGUGUGCGUGUGCGUGCAAAACCUGCAAAGUGUUCACGUAACUGUUACGAAAUAGACUGUUUUGUGGCGUGUUUUAAAUAUUUAUUUUCCUUCCCCUCUCUCUCUUUCUCUCAGUGGGAUGCAGAAUCUUAUUUUCAUAUUCUUUCCUCCUUUUUUUUCUUUCUUUUAUAUUUUCUUAAUUUUUUCUUUCUUAUUUUCUUAUUCUUUCUUCCUUUCUUGCUUUCUUAUUUCCACAUUUUCUUUCUUUCUUUCUUUCGUUCUUUUUUUCUUACUUGGUUGUUUUUCCCUUUCUUAUGUUUCCGCCUUAUUUUCUUAUUCUUUCUUUCUUUCUUUCUUUCUUUCUUUCUUUCUUUCUUUCUUUUUCAUGCUCAUAUUUUCUUAUUUUUGUCCUUUUUUUCUUAUACUUUCUUUCUUUCGCAAGUUUUCAUUCUAUCCACCCACAUCCCGAUGACGCCGAUGUGUUACUCACCGAGAAGCGUGAUAAUUUUAUCUCGUUACUUGCGUCAUUAA